AUGUAUGUAGAUGAGCUCUUCCCAGAGAAGUAUGGCAUACUGUAUAUCAGGGUUGACUUCAUGGACUACACUUUUGUUUAUGACAUGGACAUAAAACAUAUUACAGUCCAUAGGAAGCCUGAGCCCUUUAAAGCAGCUUUGAGAGCUCAGGAAGAUGCAUUCCAGAGACUAACAAAACAAAGUAAUGGAGAUGAGUCUACUUGUAAAAAACGAUGGGGGUCUACAGCAGUUCCAGAAUCUGACCUUGAACCUAUUUAUGAGCGUAAAAAAGAAAACUUGGAAAACGAAGAUGAAAAUAAGGCUGGUCCUGUUUCUGAGGAGGAGAUUCCAUUAUAUGUACAGUUUCUAUACAGUCAUUUAGGGAAAGACAGAGCUGAGGAUUUUCUGCACCCAACUAUUGUGCAGCGUGAUGCUUCUGCCAAAGUGAAACAGAUGUAUAAACUAUUUGAAGGAACUAUGGAUUCAGAAGAUAUCUGGAACAUGUUAAGAACAGAAUCAAAGUUCAGAUUAAUUGACUUGGACUUCACUUUUUCACGACAACUUAAAGCAGCUCAUGACAGCUAUAUCAGAGACAUGAUGAUAAGGAAGAAGCUUAAUGUACAGAUAUCAGAUAUGGAGAAUUCUUCCACCAACAAGGUGAACAUUUUACAGAGCAUAAGAAAACAAUACUUAAAGCAGCUGGCACUGAUGUACAUGGCUUCUGAACUAAACCAAGAAAAAUCUGAGCUGAUCCUGGCUAAUAACCCACUUUCUGAACUCAAUGACUUGGAAAACAGCAGUCCAAUCAAAUACUUGAGUGACACGUCCUUGUUGAAGCAACAAGAGUCAUCUAGAAGGACCUGUGUAUUUCCACCCUUAAUUUGCUACAAGAAACAGCCUCCAAUAAUUACAAAUUAUAACUGUCUAAGGAAAAGCAGGGACAGCAAAUCUCAUAAAAAUCAAAACAGCAGACUCCAGGUCCAUCCUGUGCCUUCUAUGCAUUUGCCACAAAUUCCACCUGCUCGGUCAUUGCUACCUGUUAAGAAGGCUGCUUUGAGAUCAGACAUCAGCAAUUUCUACUAGAUGCAGUGAAAGCAUCCAUUUCAACAACAUCAAGCUAUUUGAACCUCUCCCUCUGUCUGCACUCAUGGAGACAUCACCGAUAAAUUCUCUUAUGGAAGGAGGACUCAGUUAUGUUCAAGCACCUCAAUGGACUAUGAAUAUCACAGCAGAAAGUUAUCACCACAAAGCAUCUUAUGUACAUAGCUGCUGUAUGCCUGUCACUAAACUGGCAUGCUUGGGC